CGCAAUAUUUCUAUUAGCCCAUUAAAAUCGUUUUACGCUUUCCCAUUAAUAAUUAUAUUAGGCCGUAUAAUCGAUUCCUUUAGCUUAACUACUUUAAAAGAGAAGUUAGAAGCUAUCGCCAAAUUUAAAUUUCCUAAAACUUUAAGAGACUUAAAAAUCUUUAUCGGAUAA